CCUGUGCAGUAGUGCAACGCAUGGGCGACUCUUGAAAGCCCAGAUAGCAAGCUAUCUUAACGGGCCUUCUCCCUCAAAAAAUAGAGUUAAUAUCGUGUGACCCGAUGGGCCACAUAUCAGAUAUUAAACUGAUAAGAACAGAUACUACACUUGAUCUUAGCCAAAAGGCCGAGAAAGGUAUGAUUUGGCGAGUCCCUUGGCAUCUUGUUUUAUACUGCUUCUCGUGCCUCCCAUGUUUGUUUCGUUACCGAUGUGGGAGUUUUAAAGAGUUAGAUAUAAGAAACACUCCGUCUCUUUUAGCGGGUUCGUGACCGACAAUAGUCUUAAACCUAAAAGUCAAACAAGCCACCAAUAAAAGAAGCCAGUUUCUUGCCAUGGCAAUGUAUAUUCGUGUGAAGCGCACGAAAGCCACUUACUUUAUCCAAUGCGAUCCGACCGAGACUGUUUUGGAUGUGAAGCAGAAACUGUUCACCCUCAUUGAGCAACCAGUUAGUAACCAGCGUCUGGUCUUAUUGUCUACUGAAGAAGUAUUAGAGGAUUCGAAAUCUCUAGCUGAGCAGAAGGUUGAGAACGAUGCAGUCGUGGCUCUGACUUUGAGAAAAGAUGAUAACGAGUUUGAGGAUGUCGACAUUCCCCGGCCUGCCGACUUCUCAAUCUCAUGAAGAAUGUAAACUCAGGAGAACAUUUGCAUCAACAGGAGAAGAGUAUAUUAUUCAAAACGCAAGGAGGAGUUUAUAAACGCUUUAAGUUGUUUCAUUUUAUCUCUGCGUUGUGUCAACAAAUGCCUCUUUAGUUUGUUACAGACAGUUGGUUGUAAUUAAAGAUACUGAGAUGUGGAACUGCAACUUGCAAGAUUACUAGUUCUCGGUGAAGUCUUUCAUGAUUA